UAUUUAGGGAGUCGACAUUUGGCUCCACCUUAACUCAUUCAAAAACCUCUUUUUCAUAAUGAAGAAAUACACUAUCUCCUUUUUCCCUUGUCUUGGUUGAUCACAAAAUUAUCGAUUUAUUUUGUAUGAAAAUGACAAGACACAAGAAUGCAAGAGAAGUCAAUUUUUUGGAAGAUAUCAGCGGUCCAUUCUACGUCCACAACGGUGAUGUACCUGGUUUAAUCCUUGUUUCCGAUCUUUUGAUCGGUUCAAAUUACAAGAGCUGGAGGCGUUGUAUGCUCACCGCUCUCACCGCCAAGAAGAAAGUUGGAUUCAUCGAUGGAUCCACCCCAAAACCAGAUGUGCUUGAUCCUACUUACAACUAUUGGAUGCGAUGCAAUAGCAUUGUGGUUUCCUGGCUUCGGAAUUCGGUCGAUCCAGAUAUACGAUCAACUUUGCUAUAUUUGGAAUCUGCCGCUCAAAUAUGGAAGGAUCUCCAUCAACGUUUUUCGCCAGGUAAUGCAGCAGCUCGCAUUUACCAAUUAAAGCAACAACUCGCGUGUUUAAAGCAAGGAUCGAUGGAUAUUCGUUCAUACUACGCCAAAUUUCAAUUAUGUUGGGACGAAUUGCAGGAUUUUCAGCCCAUGAGGGAAUGCAAAUGUGCAAGUGCAAAAUUUUGGUCGGAUUUUGAGCAACAAGAGUGUGUCGUGCAGUUUCUGAUGGGGGUGAAGGAAUCCUAUUCGGAGCUACGCUCUCAAGUCAUCUCUCAGGAUCCUCUCCCACCCCUUUCUAAUGUUUUGUCCUUGCUGCUACAAGAGGAACGCCAACGUUCCAUUAUGGAAAAGGGGCAGAGCAGUAGUAGUAGAGUGAAAAUGAUGGAAAAGAAGUGUUACAAAUUUGUGGUGCGGAACUACUCUGCCUACGAGGGCAUUGGGAUGGGGAACUGGAUUCAGAGCCGAGCAUUCGUGGUGGGAGGCCACAAAUUUAGACUGCACCUGUAUCCCCAGGGAAAGGAUCUGGCUUCCCACUAUGGAGGCCUCGCCUCCUUACUUAUUAAGAAUGAGAGUGCAACGAGCGUGCAACUCGUUGCUGCUCUCGAGGUGCUGGAUCGUCAGGGUUCUGGUGUUCACGCCGGAUAUUCUUUCUUUGAUGACAGAAUAGUAUACAAGCAUGUUGUGACUAUAGAAGCUGGAAAAAGGUAUGGGGAAAUCGACUUUCAUAUUGAAUCUGGUGGGUAUGUGAGACAGGAUUCUAUAAUAAUUAGAGCAACCUUAGGUGUUUUUGUUGAUCACCCCUCUAAGCCAUUGGAGCGCUGUGUAGUUUUCCAAGUGGGAGAUCGACGUUACUAUGCCGAUGAGGCUGUUAUAACAAUGCGAUGCCCUGCUCUUCUUUCAGUUUCUCAAUCCCAAUCCCAAUCCGACCACAUUGUCAUUUCAGAUGUCAAAACUAAUGUGUUUGAGGCUGUGCUCUGGUUUAUAUAUAAUCAAGUGAUUCACAAACGAGAUAUAGAAGCUAUUGCUAGUUCCAAUUUAUUUGCUCUCAAGAUUCUUGCAGCAGCUGAUCGCUUUCAACUCAAUGGUCUUAGAAGACAAUGUGAAUCAUACGUUUGCUAUGGCCAGGUGGUUGAAUUAUACUACUUAUAUGAACCUGUUUUCAAGGAAUUAUGGAGCUAUGGAUGCAAGCUGUGGGCAAAGAUGAAGGAGGUCAUGUCACAAGAGAUGAAUGAGGCUUAGUUGUGUAGAGAAGUGUUCAGUUUGUCUAUAUUCUUAGCAUUAUUUUUAGUUAGUCGUGUUUUUUUAUGACAUCUAAUCUCUUAUCAGUUCCUGUUUAAUUGUUUGGUCGAUUGUGUAAGUUGUAGAAUAUUCAUGAUCUCAAAAGUAUUUCUAAUCGCACUUGGGGAUUCAAAGUUUCUGCUA